CCGAUAACCGAUUACGAUAAUCGAUUUCGAUUUGCUUGCAGUCGUGUUGACAGCUGACUGUGUCUCACUGUUGUGCUUAUAAUACCAUUAUCAAUGGGGGGUCUAACAGUUUUAAAAUUGGCGAGUAACGUGAUCAGGGCAACCAGACGAAAUUGCAUUUCAGCAGACCACAAACCAGAGGCAAAGUUCUAUAGCAGAUCCAGCAAAACAGACAGCUUCUACGUCAACGACCAUAAAAAAAUGCUUCACCAGCUGCCAAUCUAUGCCAGCGGCGAGAUUGUACGCGGUUUUGGCCGUGGCUCCAAAGAGCUAGGCAUUCCAACGGCAAACUUAGCGCUUGAUGUUGUAAAGUCUUUGCCCGAAUCCCUGCACACCGGAGUCUACUAUGGCUGGUCCAAUGUAAAUAACGGUGAGGUGUACAAAAUGGUUCUAAGUGUGGGAUGGAAUCCUUUCUACAACAACAAGGAAAAGAGCGUGGAAACGCAUAUGCUGCAUAAAUUCGAUUGUGAUUUGUAUGGGCAAACGUUAAAAAUCUGCAUUGUAGGAUAUUUGCGACCUGAGAAAAAUUUCGACUCGCUGGACGACUUAAUUAAAGUUAUUAAGUCGGACAUAGAAGAGGCGAAAACGUUGCUGGACAAGCCGGAAAAUAGAAAGCUGCAAGAGAAUCCCUUCUUUUCAGACAAAAUUUCAAAAUGUUGAAUAUGUAGAUCGCUACGCUAUAGUUUUGUUAUCAUUCAGGUACUUUGAUGACUCGAAUUUCCGAGAUUCACGUAAUUGAUAGAUAAAAUUGAAUGUACUUAAGAUAAAUCUUGAUCUUGAAUUAAAUGUUUACAUUUCCAUCACGUAA